AUGGGACGAGGGCGGCCGCCAAAAAAAUCGGUGCCUCCACCACCAUUAUCUCCGGUGGUAUCUACUCCGGUAACUCAAUCGAACUCGCGAAGCCACAAUGUCAGCAAGAAUCUCAGCACAGCAGAAAUUGGGGGAAUCAAAGACCUUGGAGAAACCUCAGAUGCUCGAGAAGACGGAAGUAUUGAGGAAAAGCGCAAAGAAGUAGACCUGGAAAAACCUAAUCAAACUGCAACUCCUGAAGAAGGGCGAAAGCUAUGGGCUGAUGUGUUAAAGGAUAAUAGGAAUCCGGCGAAAGGUCGUGCUAUGAAGUUCAUACCCCCUCAAGUCGUGGAUGGGAAAAUAGAGGUUCUAAUUGAAGAAGAUGAUGUCAGUUCUGAAGUCAAGUUCUGGGAAUCUUCUCUGAUUCUUUAUGCAAUGGGAGCGGAUUUGAGUAUGAAUGUUGUCAAGAAUUUUAUGACUAGAUCUUGGAACUUUGUUCAACUGCCGGACAUGUAUUUCAAUGAUGAAGGGUAUUUCAUUCUCCGGUUCAAAUCAUUCACAGAUCGAGACGAAGUUUUGCUGAGAGGACCGUACAUGUUAAGAAACAUUCCUUUGUUGAUUCGUGAAUGGAGACCAGAUUUCAAGAUCAAGGAUGAGCUAUUGCGAACCCUACCUAUUUGGGUAAAACUUCCCCAACUCCCUAUCGUUUUGUGGGGUGAUACAAGCCUGAAUAAGAUUGGGAGUGCCCUGGGUAAGCCUAUUAUGACAGAUGAAUGUACUGCUAAUAGACUGCGAGUAUCCUAUGCGCGCAUUCUUGUUGAAAUGGAUAUUACAAAGGAGCUUCCUCAAUCAAUCACCAUUGCUGAUCAUGAAGGAGAAAAGAUGCAACAAUCAAUUGAGUAUGAGUGGAGACCUUUAUUCUGCAACAAAUGUCAAAAGGUAGGUCAUUGCUGUGAUAAGCCUAAGAUGAGGAAACAAUGGAUACCUAGGAAUAUCAGGAAGGGUAAUGCUAGUACUACUGCUGAUGAGAGUCUUUCUAUCAGAAACAAGGAUGUGGAAACAGUUAUGGAAAAAUGGACUGAGGUUAUUAAAAGUGGUAGAGAUAGAGGAAAAAAGACAGGUAAUGCUGGUGCUGCAGGUGUGCUUUCGUAUGAUAAUGGGUUUGAUGCUCUAGAGAUUUUGAAAGAUCUCAUAUAG